UUUGCAUCUCACUUUACAUGGAGUCUGCUAUUAAUAUUAGAAUUCAUUUAGUUCAAGGUACAAGAUGAUGUCUAUUGAGGACGCAACACGGCGGAGGGUUCAAAUUGAUAGAAGGAGAUCACAUUUGGUGAACAAAAAACCAGAGACGUAUUUCAACAGAAAUACAAACUCCAGGAACAACCACGUGACCAAGGGCUGCUUCUCCGGCACCAGGGGCUGUCUCUCCGGCAACAGUAGCGACGACAGUUUUACAAACACGACGUCCUGCAUGAGACCGCGGUGUAUUCGGAAAAAGAAAGGAUAUCACGUCAGGGCGGCGAUAUACGAAGACAAGGUGGGGGGGCAGCCGGCUUUUAUAAACGUUAGCAAUAAGCUCUUCCAAGUACCCAAGAAAGACGAAGAAGAUAUCGUUCAGAGAGACAACCUCACCCCGCCAAACUAUGAACUAUCACGUGACUAUUACAGGGGUGUAAGAAAGACAAUCCACCUGGUUCUAACAGCUUCCAAUAAACUCGGGACGCUUAUGUUUGUGACUGUCACUAGGGGUAAGGAGAAGUUGAUGGUGACUGGGAGGACUGGCAGAGGUUCAAAGCCAGCGCCAGACGCAAAAGUAUCGUCAGUGGCAGACUAUCACCAGCACCAGCAGCAGACGACAACCAUAAAGAAGAAAAAGGGCGACGUUGCUUGGUCUGCCUGA